AUGGGCAAAGAAACUUAUAAUAAGACCCAACAGCUGCUGAGACGCUUUGAUCCAAUGGGAAUUAUCGUGCGGGAUAAUUUCGCUCGACAGGACGUUAGACUCGCCAGCUUUGAGGCGGAAAGAGGUGGCAAGUUGCAUCAUGAUCCUAACAAUGUAAUCAUCCAAAAAAACCUGGAAAUUUCGCAGUCUGGGACGCAAACUCCGCAGUUCUCGAAGCCUCCACUUUCCGUUGAACCAACAACGGCGCAGCCCGCUAAAGGACCAAUCACUCAUCGCCCUAUCCUUCCACGCCACAGAUCAAUACUUGAUAUCGUGUUCGAUGCUCUCGUUGGUGACGGGCCCGAUCGUCGCUAUGCUCUGAUCUGCCAGCAAUGUUCUGGUCACAACGGAAUGGCUCUUGCAGAGGAAUUUGAAUACAUAGCCUUCCGAUGCUGCUAUUGUGGAUUCCACAAUCCCGCCCGUCGAACUCGUCGUACACCGUCUGGCGUGCCUCAGAUGGGUCCCUUUCCCUCCAGUCUCGACUCUCCAUCGGCCAUGGCGACGCCACUCGCCUUACCGGCUGUGCGCCGUCCACAGAGUACUUCAGCUCUUAACCUCACCUCCGUUGGUCGUCUCCAGCUUACGCCUAUCUCUGCUUCCACGGAGAAUGUAUUUGCAGAACCGCUCCACUUGCACUCAUCGCAGGGACCGCGGCAGAGCCAACGGUCCCUUAAGGGAUGCUCUGAACCGCGUGUUUCCUCACCUUCCGUGAGGGGUCUUCCCGAGGGGGAGAGGAAAAAAAACUUGAGGAAAGAGGACUGA